AGAGAGGUCGGCCUUGCAAAGAUGGGGGGGGUUGAGAGGCGGCUGCUCGCCAACCCCCACCUGCCUCUAGGAGGAGGAACCUGAAUCUAGAAGCUGAAGGAACCUGGGACAGGUAAACUUUGCGGCUCACCUAUUUAACCGUAACAAGAGUCGGAAGGGAACUUUGGAGGCCAUCUAACCCAACCCCCUGCUCAGGCAGGAGACCUCUCCUAGGGAUUCGAACCGCCCGACCUUUUCUGAUCUGACAAGCUCAACAGUCUGAGCCACCUAGCCAAGGUGGUUCACCUCUUUGAACCGGGCAUCCAGGAAGAUGGCUGGAGAGUUUCCGGUGGACCUGCGUACCUGGCGGAAAGACGGGGGCCAAGACAAGCACCCCCCCUCCUCGCACGGAGACCCUCCUCUGAUUCCCUCGGGCCAUCAGGUGCCCCGCUGUGUUUCUUCGGGAGCCACCGUGCUGCGGGAACCUGUGGCCAGAGACACUUCAAUGGGUCAGCCUGAGCCCCGACCGAGGACUCGAGAUGCAGAGUCCCCCAAAGGUGGGCUGCAGGAGGAGAAGAAGCCCGAGAUGUAUUUGCCUCUGAGAAAGCGCCGUUAUGCCAUGGAGGGGGCAAACGGGGACACGCCGGGACCUCUGGCUGGCAAAGUCCCCAAGACAGAGAGUGGGCAGGAUGGGAACGGUGCCCGGUCACCCCACUGCAAUGGCUACCACCCUUGUUAUGUCUCCAUGCCCUACCCCAGGGUACCAGUCUCCUGUUAUCAAGGUCUGGCCAGCCCCUUCUUGAACCCAGAGCUCCCUCCCCUUUUGCAACCUUUGACGGGGCCAUCGCUGCUGGGAAUCCUGCCGACUUAUUCCUUGAUGCCCCCAGCAGAAACCCAGCUGGCUUUGAACAUUGCCACGGCAACGCAACAAGAUGAAGAUGGAGACACGCCACUCCACAUUGCUGUAGCUCAGGGGAACCUGCUGGCCGCUCAGCAUUUGGCGAUCCUUUUCCACCAUGGACAGCGGGACCUGGAUAUUUUCAACAACCUACGACAGACUCCUUUACACUUGGCAGUCAUCGUAGCUCAGCCUUCCCUGGUGAAACUCCUGCUGUCCCACGGCGCAUCCCCCAUGGUGCUGGACCGGCAUGGACAAACGGCUCUGCAUCUGGCUUGCGAACACAGCAGCCUCCGUUGCCUGCAGGAGUUGUUGGAAGGAUGUCCCGCCACACUGGAUCUCGAGGCCCGGAAUUUCGAGGGUUUUACCCCGUUGCAUUUAGCUGUUGCAUCUUGUAGCCGUGACAUCGUUCUUGCUUUGCUGGAUCACGGGGCAGAUGUAGAUGCUGUGGACAUAAAGAGUGGCCGAUCGCCGCUACUUCAUGCUGUGGAGAACAAUAAUUUGGAUAUGGUGGAGUUGCUACUACAGCACGGCGCCAACGUGAAUGCCCAAUCCUACGGGGGCAAUACGGCACUCCACACAGCUAGCGGAAGGGGCCUGUUGGACAUGCUGCGUCUUCUGGUGAGGAACGGGGCGGAUGGCAGCCUGAAAAAUUACCACAACGACACCGCCUUGAUGGUAGCAAAGAACAAAAAGGCGAUCGACAUCCUGAGAGGAAAAGCUGUUCGGCCUAUUCCUCACCCCGAAAACAGCCAUGAUGGAUCGUCCCCCACAGUCAGCGCUGCGAGCUCUCCUGGCCUUCGGACCCACGGCCACAUGCUCCAUGCGUCACCUGAUUCCUGCUCAACCAUCCCCAGCCCUGAUCAGACCCCAAAGCCUCAUAGAGCAAGCCAUUCUCCCAACACAGCCACUCUGAGGCCAGAAAGCAUUAUCGUGACGAAUGGACCUUCGACCUCUGCCCCGUUGCCUGGCAUGGAAUUGGACAGAAGUUCCCAUUCAUCCACCCUGGAGCAGCCGAUGGGCUAUCCGAGAUCCUCCAAGGUUCUCCAUCACGAGAACGUGACCGAUCCUGCCUUCCACACUGCCUUGUACCCUUUUUCUCCUUCCAGCCCGCAUGUCUCCUCCCAUCCUCUCCAGUUGCUUCCGAUAAGCCUGAGCCAUCCGGUCAUAUCCAUGCCUCCGAGGACACUGGCCAGUCGGAUGUCCAUGAGGUAUCCAGGGAUGGACCAGCCACAAAGGCUACUGGGCUCGGAAGGUCCGGCGAGUCUCGGCUGCGAAGGGCAGUGGCUGCACAGCAGUGACGGCGGCCCCGGUGGCAGCUGACGAGAGGAAGUCCGGAGGCCUUCAGCCGCUUUGUGAGACAGGAAGAUUUCUCAAGGACUAUUUCACAAGGCAGAAGAAUGAGUCAAGGCGUUGCUGCUCCCGUGGGUUUCCAGCCUGACAUUUCUCCAUAUUUGCUGCAGACUUGAAACUACCUUCAUUUUCAAAUUGACAUGUAGCAGAGCCCAGCAGCACGAUGCGAAUAUAUAUCUGCUGAAUAUAACUCCGCAUUAGCGACAGGGGAGGGCAUCCGGCCAGUAAACACUCAGCUCCGUUCCGUUGCCCAGACAGACUCUACCCCGCAAGGGAUUAUGGGGUCAUUAAAAGAUGAUGAUGUAGCAGAGCCCAGCCAGCCUGAGAUGACCCUUCAGACGUCAAAAACUCAACACUGGCCUUCUUCAUCCAGCGGCAUGACCCUCUCUCCCAAUCUCUUUGAAUGUACCUCACACCACUGUCUGAGCAGAAGGUGGGUUGGACCCAUUUGGGGGUGAGUGUCAGGGGAUGUGCAAUGGCACACAGUGGUUAAAGACACAGAGUUUGUCAGCUGGGAAACUUGACGGGCUUCGAGACCCGAGCACCGAGCACCGCGCGAUGCGUAGGCUCCCGUUCCUUGCUCCAGCUCCUGUCCACCUCGCUGUUUGAAAGCAUGCAAAUGCGAGUAGAUAAAUAGGUACCACUUUGGGUUUGGAAAAUAACAGCCUUCCGUGCGCCUUUGUCAUACAGCUUUGUCAUACAGCUAUGCUGGCCACAUGACUACGGAAGACCACGUGUCUUCGGGCAACACUGGUUUCCUUGGCAACAGAGAUGGGCACCAUGCCCUAGAGUCGGACACGACUGGACAGGGAAACUUUUAUCUUUUGUUCAGGGAUCAUGUUUUAGCACAAGGAAGGGGCCGCUGUGAAAUUGACAGCCACUUCUCUCAGCUCAGGGCCAGACGUGACUUUUGACAAAACGCCGGAAGCGUUGCUCGAGUGGUGUUCUUUGUAUUUAAUAGGCAUUAAUUUAACUUGAGUGAAGUUAGUACAGUUGCUGUGUGUGUAUUUAAGCCUUGUGGCGUGUAUUGUAUUAAGGAUUGCAAUAUAAUGAUGGCACCUUC